AGAAAGAAAGAAAGAAAAAAACAUGGGGGCAGGGCAGGAGCUUCCUUGGCUGCUGCUUUUAUACACCCUUCUCCUUCACUGUGUUGUCUCCCAUUUUCCUCUCCUUUCCACUGCCUGUCGAGUGUCGACAACACACACACACACACGCACACGCACUCUCUCUCUCUCUCUCUCUGUGUGUGUGAUGGAGUUGGAGACCCAUUUCGGCGGUGACAAGCCCUCUCCGAAGGCCGCCAGAGCCAGCGCCUCCGUCGACCGCACCCUCCGCCUCAUCCAAUCGGAGGACCCCAAAUCGAGAAUCGAGGCGGCCAAGGAGAUCCGACGCCUCGCCAAGACCUCCCAGAGGUUCCGCCGACACUUCUCCGCCGCCGUCGAGCCGCUCGUCCGUAUGCUCCGGUCAGACUCCGGCGAAGCUCGCGAGGCCGCCCUUCUCGCCCUCCUCAACCUCGCCGUCAAACACGAAUCAAACAAGACUAGUAUUGUGAACGCUGGUGCCCUAGAACCAAUAAUCGGCUUUCUUCAGUCAGAGAGGUCAAAUCUGCAGGACCAUGCUACUGCGUCUCUACUCACAUUAUCUGCUUCCUCUGUCAACAAGCCAAUAAUUGGUGCUUCGGGUGUCAUCCCUCUCCUUGUGGAAAUCCUAAGAAUAGGAAGCUCACAAGCCAAGGCUGAUGCCGUGAUGACACUUUACAACCUAUCAACACAUUCAGACAAUCUUAGCUUAAUUCUCAAGGCAGAACCCGUUCCUCCUCUGGUUGACCUGCUCAAAAACUGUAAAAAGUCUCCAAAAACUGCUGAAAAAUGCACUGCACUUAUAGAGUCUCUAGUAGGUUUCGAUGAGGCCAAAAUUGUAUUGACAUCCGAAGAAGGGGGAGUGCUUGCAGUGGUUGAGGAGCUGGAAAGCGGGUCUCUGCAAAGCCGUGAGCAUGCAGUUGGGACACUUCUGACCAUGUGCCAGAGCGACCGAUGUAAAUACAGGGAGCCUAUUCUUAAAGAAGGCGUGAUCCCUGGUCUUCUUGAGCUCACCGUUCAAGGAACACCCAAAUCUCAGUCGAAAGCACAGACGCUCUUGCAGCUACUGAGAGAAUCUCCUUACCCCAGAUCCGAGCUUCAGCCCGACACAUUAGAGAACAUAGUAAGCAACCUUAUAUCUGAUAUUGAAGUCGAGGAUCAAUCUGGGAAAGCAAAGCAGAUGCUCGCCGAGAUGGUGCAGAUUAGCAUGGAACAGAGCUUGAGACAUUUACAGCAGAGGGCUCUGGUUUGCACCCCAGCUGAUCUGCCUCUUCCUACUUGUGCUGCUGAAGUUCCUUCCAAAUGAUACACGAGUUUGUCUUCCUUUCUCUUUCUUUUUUCAGUUUCCUCCAUCUCCUGUGGUCAUUGAUGAACAAAUUUCACAGGAGCCAGGAGGAAAUAAAUAAGAUGGUGUAGAAUGCCGGUCCAGGCCUUUUCUGCUGGCACCAGGUGACCGGUAUAUGUUAAUAAAUCAGAAAAUGUACGAGGUUGAAAUUC